AUGGCUGACUCAGAGGUUGAAGAAAUGUUAUUGGAAUCGGAAAUACUUGCAUUAAAGUUGGAUGACAUUUUGAAGGUAGCACAAAAUAUAAAGCUAGAUGAAUCUAGUGUUCAAGGUAAGAGUAGAUUUAUGAUUCUAAAGGCUAUACGGGAAGCUAUAGAAGAGACAGUGGGAAAGCUAACUGAGAAAACAGAAUGUGUGAAAUAUAUAGAAAGUAUUAAAGUAUUUCUUGGUCCACCCUCGCUCGAAGAGCCGGACGAUCAAGGGGAGGGACCCCAGAAAGAAGCGGAAGUUUCAGAAGUGGUACCCCAGGAAAAAUCAGAAGUUGUAGAAUUGGAAGAGAAGAUACAAGAGUUGUUGAGUAAACAAAAAGAAAUCAAACUAAAGGCUCAAGAGAAAAAGGGAACAGGUGUUAGUAAGGAAGGUUCUGUUCAACCAGAAAUUGUUAUAAAAGUACCAUUGGCAAAUCUUGAAAAGAGUCUGCUACACCGAGAUUUUAAGAUACAAGGUGUAGUUGGGGAACCCAGGCAUAAAGAUAAGUUGGGGUAUCAAUCAUUACUUUCCCAAAUUGAAGCCGGUGUUAGAAAACAAUACUCUGAACUAGAAAUUGUUAAUGCGGUAGUUCGAGCAGUGCAACCAGGACUUCAGUUAAGAAGUUAUUUGGAAAGCGUUACGGACCUAACCUUGCCCAGCCUAAGAAAAAUUAUUCGGUUCCAUUAUCACGAGAAGAGUGCAACUGAACUCUAUCAAAUGUUAGCUAACAACAACCAAAAGAGGAUCCACAAUCUUUCCUCAUUCGAACUCUGA